AGAAAAAUCUACCCAGCACCAGGUGAUCAUCCAAGCAAGGUCGGCAGCGCCUAUGAUGAAGAUGGAAGGAGUCUUCUGGCAAGGUCAGUACUCGGGUCAAUCUGUUGAUGUGCCUCAGAACCACAAGCGAGCUGUGUGUGACCUUACUGUCGCUGACCGGUUGGCUUUGUACGAUCAUGUGAUCGGCGUCCUUAAGCAACAAAAGGAAGCUAGCUCCUCUAGCAACGAUGACCUCUACGUAGAUUUAGUAUCGAAACUUCAGAAAGAUGAUGAACAGAAUGAACCAAAGACUCACCUAGAGCUGAUGGCAGAAAUGAGGGAUUACAAAAGGCGUCGUCAGUCCUAUCGAGCCAAGAAUGUUCAUAUUACCAAGAAGUCAUACACUGAGGUGAUCAGAGACGUGAUUAGUGUUCAUUCCGAGGAGCUUGGAAGACAAUGGAGACAGGAAGAGAAUGAGGAGGAGUCAAGGAGAUCUUGGCACUUUUUACACAGGCAUCGAUUAGAUGAAAGGAGGUCCAUGUCAUCAGAGUCUCAUCACUCCACCAGCAGACGCCUUCACAGCCGAGAUCGAAGUCAAGACAGAGAAAACAAAAAGAAGAAAAAAAAGAGGGACAGGGUUUCCCCUUCCCCAGGCGACCAUCAUCACAACCGAAAAAAGAAGAAAAAAAGAGAAUGAGAAAGAAGAGAAAAAAGGGAGAAGUCAAGGUCAAACCGUUUUUGGACAAUAGGGAUUUGGAAGAAUAUGAAUGAAAACGAACUUGUGGGAAUAGCAUAAAAUGUUUGCGCUCUAUGUGCUCUAGUGGAGUCAUGUUCAUCCAUCUCGACCUGGUUAGAGGCGUUCUGCUGCAGUGGAAUGUUGUAGAGCCAUGUCAUAGCUGGCACAUUUUCAACAUAGGCUCUAAGGUCACUUGGUUUUAGGCUUGUGUAUUCACGCAAGAUUUUUUCUGUUGAUAAAAAGACAAACUGAUAUAGUUCUAAUUUAAAAGUAAAGUUCCACAAAAUCUUAAUUUUGAAAUGUGUUAACUACUUAACUAUUAUUGUCAUAAGCGUCCAACCGAGUUAGUCAUGGGAAAUCAUUUUGUGUGAUACUAUUGUUUUUAUUUACCAGAAGAAACAUUAUUGCUUUUCUUUUCAACUCCCCUUGAUUGAAAUUUAGUUUGAAUAAAUAAUUUUACUUUGUUUUCCAUA